AUGCGGAAGCGCCAGGUGUAUGUAGAUCGGGGAACCAGCAGCCGCCAGUGUUUGCUGAACCUGGUGUGGGGGCGUGCCAAGUCCAAGGCCCCAGGGUUGUUGCGCCUGCAGAACACAGCGCUAAAGGCCAUCAUAGCGCUCUUGGUACCCGGGGAGGCACUGCUGUUGGCUGACCUGUGCGGGGCGCUGCUGCCCCUCCGGACGGAGCGCAUUGCCUACAAGGUGACCCUGCUGCUGGGCUACCUCGUCUUCCACUCCUCCCUGGUUCAGGCCCUGCCCAGCUUCUCUUCCUGCAACCCGCUGCUCAUUCACUACUUCACUGCCCUGCUGCUGCUCUUCAUCAGCACCACGGAGACCGUGCUGUUGUCCGGGCUGCUGGCCCACAGCAACCUCAGGGCUGAGAGCAGCCCCAGCCCAGUCCUGAGCGGGGAGCAGCAUGACUGUGGGAACCCAGGGCCUAAUUCUGAAGAAGCCUCCAGAGGAGUAACGGGGUCCAGGCGGAGCUGGGCUGAGGCUGCUGAUCACAUCUUCUUCCUGGUGUACGUGGCAGGGGUGCUGUGUAGCCAGUUCAUCUUCGCUGUGCUCUGGAUGUGGGCGACAUGCCAGUCAGACCCAGCCCCUGGUGAGGCUGCACCCCACGGUGGGUGGCCCAGGCUGUAA